GAAAGCAUUGACAUCAGUUGUAAGGCAACCCUAGGAGAUCCCAAAACUCGGAAAUUUCUGUUGUGUAUGUAAACUUUGUAAGUAAAGGGAAAGUUUUUUGCGUAUUUGAUAACAAAUACGAUCAUUGCACAUGAAUCUAUGUCAUCUGAUAAGAAAGAAUAUCCAGUAGUAGGGGGUUCAGCCCCUACUGCCCCAGCCUACAUUAGUGUUCCCAGUGCAGGCACUCAUCAAGUGACCAUGACCAGUCCAUAUCCUGGUUAUCCUCCUCCAGCAUAUUCUUCUCCCGCUUAUCUGCCUUCAUCAGCACCAACAUAUUUGCCAGCUACAUAUGCAGCUGCUCCUUUACAACCUCAUCUUCCAUAUGGCACAGUCAGUGUUGCUCCAAAUAUCACAGCAUUUGGUGUGCAGCCUACAUAUUUACCACAAUUAACUCAAGUCUAUUCACCGAGACCAGGCACUGUUUAUGUCCCUGCUGCUGCAGCUUAUGACGCUAGCGCACGCUUUGAUGGGCACAGCAUGCCUGUUGUACCCCCUCCACCUCCAGGGGUGGCGCCAAAUGCUGCUCAACUGGCAAUGAUGCAAGGGAAUCCGGUGGUGCUAAGCCAACAGAAAAACAGCUUUUUGACCGGUGGAAGUGGUGCAGGUUACACCUUCUGGUAGAGGACCAAAAAGGAGCAGGGCUCACCUCUUUUCUAGCCAAGCUGCAAUGAUUGGGCACUGUUGUUGAUGACAUCUUAUAUGCAAUGCAUUUUUUUAAAACAACCUUUUUUCUUAA